AUGAAAGGCGCACGAGUUACAGCAUGGGGACAGCCACCCGAGUACAUGGACGUUCCGGACAUCCCAGCACCGACUUCAGAUGAACUUCAACUCAAAGUCCUGGUUGUUGGCGUGCCUCGAGCUGUACAGGGUCGCGCUGCUGGCUUACACUACAGCUCUAAGAGCCAGCCCCUUCCCUUCGAUCCGAGCGUCGACGGCGUCGGCCUAGACGAAAUCACCGGCGAUAGGUACUACGUCACCCUCGACCCAAAGGGUGGUGUUUCGAUGUUCAACGAGCGCGUCAAUGUUCCUAAGUCCCAGCUCGUCAAACUUGAGCCGGGAGUCGAUCCCGUUACGGUGGCCGCUCUUAUAAACCCAGUCGCGAGCAGCUGGAUGGCUCUACAAGCUCGUGCUGUUGGGGGCUGCAAGGAUCGAACAGUUCUGGUCGUCGGUGCAACAGGGACUAGUGGUCGCGCAGCCGUGACUGUCGCCAAAUCUCUCGGCGCUGCCCGUGUGAUAGCAAUGUCGCGCAGCGAGGCCACGCUCGCCGAGGUGGAGGGGAUUGACGUGCGAGUCGUCCUCACCAAGCCCGCAGUGCUUCCGCCAGAUCUUGGACCAAUCGAUAUCAUUCUCGAUUACGUCGGCGGCGCUACCGCAGUUGAGCUCAUGACGGUGGCCGAGGUUGCUCCUGGGCGAAAUCUGCAGUACAUUCAUAUUGGCGAUCUUGGCGGCGAGCCCAACAUUCUGUUGCCAACCGGCCUACUGAACAAGAAGCCUGUCAGCAUUGUAGGAUCGGGCAUGGGCAGCUUCAGCGUGGAAGAAAUCAAGAAGGAGACACCUGGCCUGGUGGCAGCCAUUGGCAAGAUGAAAAGGCCUUCCGAUGUGUUUACUGCACCACUCAGCGAUGUUCAGUCUGUUUGGAACACAGAGGAUGCAAAGAAGAAGAGGCUUGUAAUUACACUUGAAUGA